GGCGCCCGCCGCAGCCGCCGCCGGGUCCCGGAGCCAGAGGCCGCCGAGCCGGAGCGCGAUGGAGCGAGGGCCCCAGGCGGGGAGGCGCCGCCGCCGAGCGCGCGGCCCGACGUCCCCUCAGUGAGCGCCCGCGCCGCCGCGGCGCCGCCCGAGCCUGGCCGCGCCCGAGGGGCGGGCUCGCCUGCCGCCGGCCUCGCCGCUUCGCCGGCGCUCGGAGCCCGCCGCCACCGCCGCCGCCGCCUUCCCGCUCGGGCCGGGAGCCGGGCCGGGGCUGCAUGGCCGCGCCCGCGCGCCGCCGCUGAGCCCGCAGAGCCGCGCCGCCGGGAGCCGAACGCGCGCAGCACUGCUCUGGGACGGCCUCGCCGGACGCAGCAGCCGCUUCGCCAGCCUCGGCUUUCAGCUAUGCAGUCGCCGACGGUCGAUGGCGAGACGACGGCCGCAUAGAUGAAGACCAGGUGAGGGAGGAGAGCCAUGCCCAAGGGGGGGUGUUCGCGGACGCCGCAGCCCGAAGACCGCUCCCUCGGCAGCGACAUGGUGGAGAAGCAGACGGGGAGGAAGGAUAAAGAUAAAGUUUCCCUGACCAAGACCCCAAAGCCGGACCGCAGUGACGGAGGGCAGGAGGUGAGGGAGCGAGCGACCAAACGGAAGCUGCCCUUCACCGUGGGCGCCAAUGGAGAGCAGAAGGACUCGGACACAGAUGCCUCCAGCUCAGUCCAUGUCGUGGUACUGCAAGGCUGGUUCGCUCCUCGAAGGGCCACGGCCUGAAAUGGAGGUCCCUAGAAGCAAGAAGAAAGAGAAGCAGGGUCCUGAGCGGAAGAGGAUCAAGAAGGAGCCCGUCACCCGGAAGGCCGGACUGCUGUUUGGCAUGGGGCUGUCCGGGAUCCGAGCCGGCUACCCCCUCUCCGAGCGCCAGCAGGUGGCUCUCCUCAUGCAGAUGACUGCCGAGGAGUCCGCCAACAGCCCAGUAGACACAACACCAAAGCACCCCUCCCAGUCGACAGUGUGUCAGAAGGGGACGCCUAACUCUGCCUCAAAAACCAAAGACAAAGUGAACAAGCGGAACGAGCGUGGGGAGACCCGGCUGCAUCGCGCGGCCAUCCGCGGGGACGCCCGGCGCAUCAAGGAGCUCAUCGGCGAGGGUGCGGACGUCAACGUCAAGGACUUUGCAGGCUGGACGGCGCUGCACGAGGCGUGUAACCGCGGCUACUACGACGUCGCCAAACAGCUGCUGGCUGCGGGGGCGGAGGUGAACACCAAGGGCCUGGAUGACGACACGCCCCUGCACGACGCGGCCAACAACGGGCACUACAAGGUGGUGAAGCUGUUGUUACGGUAUGGAGGGAACCCUCAGCAAAGCAACCGAAAAGGCGAGACGCCACUAAAGGUGGCCAACUCCCCGACCAUGGUGAAUCUCCUGUUGGGCAAGGGGACCUACACAUCCAGCGAGGAGAGCUCGACCGCAGAGAGCUCGGAGGAGGAAGACGCCCCGUCAUUCGCACCCUCCAGCUCGGUUGACGGCAAUAACACGGACUCGGAGUUUGAGAAGGGCCUGAAGCACAAGGCGAAGAACCCGGAGCCCCAGAAGACUGUGACCCCCGUCAAAGACGAGUACGAGUUUGACGAGGAUGACGAGCAGGACAGAGUCCCUCCCGUGGAUGACAAACAUUUACUGAAAAAGGAUUACAGGAAAGAAACUAAGUCAAAUAGUUUUAUUUCUAUACCCAAAAUGGAAGUGAAAAGUUACACUAAAAAUAACACAAUUGCACCAAAGAAGGCGGCUCAUCGCAUCUUGUCAGACACAUCGGAUGAGGAGGACGUCGGUGUCACUGUGGGGACAGCGGAGAAGCUGAGACUCUCGGCACACACGAUACUGCCCGGGAACAAGACACGGGAACCCUCCAAUUCCAAGCAGCAGAAGGAAAAAAAUAGAGUGAAAAAGAAGCGGAAGAAAGAGACAAAAGGCAGAGAAGUGCGAUUUGGGAAGAGGAGCGACAAGUUCUGUUCGUCAGAGUCAGACAGCGAGUCCUCGGAGAGCGGCGAGGACGACGGCGACUCGGUGGGGAGCUCCGGCGGCCUCAAGGAGUCCCCGCUGGUGCUGAAGGACCCGGCCCUGUUCAGCUCUCUGUCCGCCUCCUCCACCUCGUCCCACGGGAGCGCCGCCGCCCAGAAGCACAACCCCAGCCACGCGGACCCCCACACCAAGCCCUGGCGGACGGACAACUGGAAAACUGUCUCCUCGCCGGCCUGGUCCGAGGUCAGCUCUUUAUCAGACUCCACAAGGACGAGACUGACAAGCGAGUCUGACUGCUCCUCUGAGGGCUCCAGCGUGGAGUCGCUCAAGCCCGUGCGGAAGAAGCAGGAGUACAGGAAGAGGGGCGGCCUGCAGGGCGCCCUGUCCGAGAAGAAGAACUUCCACGCCAGCGCGGACGGCGCCAUCCCCAAGCUGGACAAGGAGGGGAAGGUCGUCAAGAAACACAAAACGAAACACAAACACAAAAACAAGGAGAAAGGGCUGUGCUCGGUCAGUCAGGAGCUCAAGCUGAAAAGCUUCACCUACGAGUAUGAGGACUCCAAGCAGCGGUCCGAGAAGGCCGUCCUCCUGGACAGCGACGUUUCCGGCGACAGCAAGUUGAAAGCCUUGAAGCACGACCGGGACCACUUCAAGAAGGAGGAGAGAGUCGGCAAAAUGAAGUCUGAGGAGAAGGACUGGCUCUUUAGAGAGGAGGUGGUCAAGGCUUCCAAGGACGAGAAGUCCCUGAAGAGAAUCAAAGACGUGAGCAGGUCUUUCCGAGACGAAAAGGACCGUCUGAGCAAAGCCGAAAAGGAGAAGUCACUGAAGGAGAAGUCCCCGAAGGAGGAAAAGCUGCGGCUCUACAAGGAGGAAAGGAAGAAAAAGUCCAAAGACAGGCCCUCGAAACUGGAGAAGAAGAACGACUUUAAGGACGACAGACUUCCGAAGGAGAAAGAGAAGACGUUCAAGGACGAGAAAGAGAAACUCAAGAAAGAAAAGGUUUAUAAGGAAGACGCGUCCGCGUACGACGACUACUGCGACAAAGGUCAGUUCCUGGAGAACGAAGACACCAAGUUCAGCCUUUCCGACGACCAGCAGGACCGGUGGUUUUCCGAGCUGUCCGACUCGUCCUUCGAUUUCAAAGGGGACGACAGCUGGGACUCUCCCGUGGCGGACUACAGGGACGCGAAGAGCGACCCCGUGGCCAGACUGAUCCUGGAGACGGUGAAAGAGGACGGCAAGGACAGGAAGCGGGACAAGGGCCGCGAGAAGCGGGACUACGGGGACAAGCGCGGCGACAGGGACGCCUUCUUCCGGAAGAAGGACAGGGACUGCCCGGACCGGAGCUGCGAGAGGAGGAGGGAGCAGAUGGAGAAGCACAGAGGCCUCCCCGGCGGCCUCCCCGACAAGAAGAGGAGGGAGUCGGCCGAGGGCGGGCGGGACAGGAAGGACCUCCUGGAGGGCACCAGGGAGCGGAAGGACAGCAGGGCCAAGCCCGAGGAGGCGCACCGGGAGGAGCUGAAGGAGCUGGGCGGGGAGGCCGGCUUCAAGGACAGGCCCGACUGCGACUUCGGGAAGAGCCUGGAGCCCUGGGAGCGGCCCCACCCCGCCCGGGAGAAGGAGAAGAGGGACCGAGCGAAAUCGGAGAAACACAAGGACAAGUGCUGCGACAAAGAUAAAAGCGAAAAAUGCGUCCUUGAGAAAGGUCCGAAGGACAAGGAAUUCGAUAAAUGUUUCAAAGACAAGAAAGAGGCCAAGGAGAGGCACAGAGACGCGCACGGCAGAGACAAGGAGCGGAAGGCGUCCCUGGACCCCGCGAAGGAGAAGAGGGAGAAGGCGCUGCCCGGGCUUCUGGCCGACGACGGCCCCGAGAAGAAGGGCAAGGAGAAGAGCUGGUACAUCGCGGACAUCUUCACCGACGAGAGCGGCGACGACCGGGACGCGGCCGGCGGGCUCCGGCUCGGGGAGGCCGGGGACGCGGCCCGGGCGGACGGCGGCCCGGACGCUGACCGGCCCCGGAAGCACUGCGCCGAGCGGCAGCCCUCGGAGAGGCAGCGGGAGCGGGAGCCCCGCGAGAAGAGAAGGGAGAAGGGCGCCCCCGACGGCGGCAGGGACAAGAAGGAGAGAGCCGCCGAGAAGCACAGAGACCGGAAGGACAAGGACCCUGCCGAGAAGUGCAAGGACAGGAAAGACCGCACGUCCGUCGAGGGCACGCAGGAAAAGAGAAACAAGCAGAAGCCCCCGGAGAAGGUGGAGAGGAAGCUGCCUGCUGAGGACAAGGCCAAGAGCCGGCACCGGGAGAGGCCAGACCGGGAGCACUGCCGAGACAGGAAAGCGUCGAGGAGCGCGGAGGCCGAGAAGAGCCUGCUGGAGAAGCUGGAGGAGGAGGCCCUGCACGCCUACAGGGAGGACUCCAACGACAAGGCCAGCGAGGUGUCCUCGGACAGCUUCACGGACCGCGGGCAGGAGCCGGGCCUCAGCGCCCUCCUGGAGGUGUCCUUCACGGAGCCCCCAGAGGAGAAGAUCAGGGAGAAAGAGAGGCUCAGACACUCCUCGUCCUCGUCCAAGAAGAGCCACGACCGAGAGAGAGUCCGGAGAGACAAGUCCGAGAAGAGAGACAAGAGUGAUGACCACAAGGACCCCGGCGGCAGGAAGGACCCCAGCCAGUACGACAGGGACUUCUCAGACGCGGACGCUUACGGGAUUCCUUACAGCUCGAAAGCCGAAGCGGAGGACGGGUCGGAUAAAGCCAUCGAGCUCUUCUCCACUGAGAAGAAAGAGAAGAACGAUCCUGAGAGAGAAACCCCCAGGAAAGUAGAGAAAGAGCUGAAGCCCUACGGGGCCAGCACCGCCAGCGCCCUCAAGGAGAGGCGGAGGAGGGACAAGCACCGGGAGAAGUGGAGGGACGACCGGGACAAGCACCGGGACAGGCACGGGGACGGGCUCCCGCGGCACCACAAGGACGAGCAGAAGCCUGUGGCCAGAGACAAGGACAACCCCCCAAACUCGCUCAGAGACAAGUGCCGGGAAGAGAGCCUCAAACUCGGCGACACCAAACUGAAGGAGAAGCUCCGGGAAACCGCCGAGAAGGAGAAGGGUGACCCGGCGAAGGUCAGCAAUGGAAACGAGAAGCUGCCAGUGUCCAGAGACCCGGGCAGGAGAGACGCCCGGCCCAGAGAGAAGCUUCUGGGGGACGGUGACCUGAUGAUGACCAGCUUCGAGCGCAUGCUGUCCCAGAAAGACCUGGAGGUCGAGGAGCGCCACAAGCGGCACAAGGAGCGGAUGAAGCAGAUGGAGAAGAUGCGGCACCGGUCGGGGGACCCGAAGCUCAAGGAGAGGGUGAAGCCCGCGGAGGACGCGCGCAAGAAGAGUCUGGACGCCCCUCCCAAGAAGCCGCUGGCGCUGGACCCCGCUCUGAGGGACAGGAAGCCCAAGGACUCCGCUCCUGCCCCACCGGCCGCCGAGAACAAGCCCCACCCGGGACCAGCCGUGGACACGAGGGACUGGUUGGCGGGGCCGCACAUGAAAGAGGUCCUGCCCGCUUCUCCCCGGCCUGACCAGGGCCGGCCCACCGGGGUGCCCACACCCGCAUCUGUGGUGUCGUGCCCCAGCUACGAGGAGGCCAUGCACACGCCCAGGACACCGUCCUGCAGCGCCGACGACUACUCCGACCUCAUCUUUGACUGCGCAGACCCCCAGCCCGUGUCCAGCACGUCCGCCAGCGCCUGCUCCCCCUCCUUCUUCGACAGGUUCUCCGUGGCCGCGAGUGGGGUUUCGGAGAGCGCGAGCCAGACGCCUACGAGGCCGUUGUGCACAAGCCUUUACCGCUCAGUCUCUGUCGAUAUCAGGAGGACCCCCGAGGAAGAGUUCAGCGCCGGGGACAAGCUGUUCCGACAGCAGAGUGUCCCCACCGCGCCCACAUAUGACUCACCGGGGCAGCACCUGGAGGACAAGGCCCCUGGGCCCCCAGGUCCUGUCGAGAAGUUUGCCUGCGUGUCUCCGGGGUAUUAUUCCCCGGACUACGGCAUCCCCUCCCCCAAAGCGGACGCCCUGCACUGCCCACCUGCGGCCGUGGUCACCGUCACCCCCUCCCCAGAGGGUGCCUUCUCUGGUUUACAAGCAAAAUCCCCCCCUGCACACCGAGAUGAGCUGUUGGCCCCAUCCAUGGAGGGAGCCCUUCCCCCUGACUUGGGCGUCCCUCUGGAUGCCACGGAGGCCCAGCAGGCCACUGCUGCCAUCAUUCCCCCGGAGCCCAGCUACCUGGAGCCGCUGGACGAGGGGCCCUUCAGCGCGGUCAUCACGGAGGAGCCCGUCGAGUGGGCGCACCCGGCGGCCUCGGAGCAGGGCCUCUCCUGCAGCCUGAUGGGGGGCACCCCUGAGAACCCCAUCAGCUGGCCUGUGGGGCCGGACCUCCUGCUUAAGUCCCCCCAGCCACUCCCUGAGUCCCCGCAGCAUUUCUGCCCCAGUGAGGCCGUCCACCCUGCUGCUGCAGGGCCUUUUGGGGCCACAGAACCCCCUUACCCAGGCUCCCCUGACUCGUACCCUCUGUCGGCCAGCGAGCCUGGACUUGAGGGCACCAAGGGUGACGCAGCAGAGGCGGUUCCAGCCACUGUCUCCACCCCAGAAGAGCCGGCAGUCUUCGCCCCCGCCUCCAGGCUGGAGCCCUUCUUCACCAACUGCAAACCGCUGCCGGAAGCGUCUCCGGACAUGGCCCCGGAGCCGGCGUGUUUGACCACCGUGACUCAGGUGGAGGCUCUGGGGCCCGUGGAAAGUAACUUCCUGGAAAAUGGGCAUGAUCUGUCGGCCCUCGGCCAGGUGGAGCCAGUGCCCUGGCCUGACGGCUUCCCCAGCGCUGAGGAUGACCUCGAUCUGGGGCCUUUCUCGCUGCCAGAGCUUCCCCCUCUUCAAGCGAAAGAUGUUUCUGAUGUCGAAACAGAACCUAUAGAGGAGACCGCCCUCGCUCCUCCGGGAGAGACCCCCCCGGGGCUCCCUGGGGUCCCGAGUGGCGGGGAGGGCCCUGUGGCAGCUGCUGAGGACCAGCCUGUGCUGCCUCCUGACCAGGGGGACCCCCGGCUCCCCACCGAGCCGGAGCCUGAGCCCCCCGAGGAGCCCAAGCCAGAUGCCCCCCCAUUGGAAGCUGCGGUGGAAGGGGGGCCCGUGUCGGAGGCGAGGGUCCCUGAGGACUCCGACUCCGGCCUGGGGCCCGCAGCGGCACCCCCCGAGGAGCAGCAGCCACCGGGGAGCGGAGAGGGGGAGGCAGAGGGCCAAGAUCCGCUGGCCGCAUCCCACGGCGUGCCUGACGCCCCUGGGGACGGCUUGGCCCAGGCGCUCGCGGCGGACGGGGCCAGCCCUCUCGACGGCGCCGGCCUCGACGGACCCCUGGGCGGCGUCCAGCCUGACGCGACGGAGCCGGAACCCAAACCCGCGGCCGAAGCCCCGAGGGCCCCCAAAGUGGAGGAGAUCCCUCAGCGCAUGACCCGGAACCGGGCCCAGAUGCUGGCCAACCAGAACAAGCAGAGCUCGCCGUCCUCGGAGAAGGAGCCGGCGCCCGCGCCCCGCGCCAAGGGCCGCUGCUGUGAGGAGGAAGACGCGCAGGCCCAGCACCCCCGCAAGCGCCGCUUCCAGCGCUCCAGCCAGCCGCUGCGGCAGCAGCUCCCGUCCACGCGGCAGACGCGGGAGGUGAUCCAGCAGACGCUGGCCGCCAUCGUGGACGCGAUCAAGCUGGACGCCAUCGAGCCCUACCACAGCGACCGGUCCAACCCCUACUUCGAGUACCUGCAGAUCCGGAAGAAGAUUGAGGAGAAGCGCAAGAUCCUGUGCUACAUCAGCCCCCAGGCCCCGCAGUGCUACGCCGAGUACGUCACCUACACGGGCUCCUACCUGCUGGACGGCAAGCCGCUGAGCAAGCUGCACAUCCCCGUGAUUGCACCCCCUCCGUCCCUGGCGGAGCCCCUGAAGGAGCUGUUCAAGCAGCAGGAGACGGUGCGGGGGAAACUGCGUCUGCAGCACAGCAUCGAGCGGGAAAAGCUCAUUGUCUCCUGCGAGCAGGAGAUCCUGCGGGUCCACUGCCGCGCGGCGAGGACCAUCGCGAACCAGGCAGUGCCGUUCAGCGCCUGCACCAUGCUGCUGGACUCGGAGGUCUACAACAUGCCGCUGGAGAGCCAGGGCGACGAGAACAAGUCUGUGCGCGACCGCUUUAAUGCCCGCCAGUUCAUCUCCUGGCUGCAGGACGUGGACGACAAGUAUGACCGCAUGAAGGUGUGCGGGGAGCAGCUCCUGUCACCAGCUGGCGGUCAGACCUCUGUGGGACCCCACCUUGAGCCCUCCUCAAAGACGUGUCUCCUGAUGCGGCAGCAGCACGAAGCCGCGGCCCUCAACGCCGUGCAGAGGAUGGAGUGGCAGCUGAAGGUCCAGGAGCUGGACCCCGCCGGGCACAAGUCCCUGUGUGUGAACGAGGUACCUUCCUUCUACGUGCCCAUGGUCGACGUCAACGAUGACUUCGUGCUUCUGCCAGCCUGACCCACCGCGGGACGGCCGCACAGGACACAGGCGAGGGCCACACGCACCUGCCCGGCACAGCUGCCCCGUCCAGCCAGUGGAGGGAGACCUGGUCCCUCAGGUGGGGACGCCCGGGGAGAGACCCCGCACUUGGCCCCCUGGAGCGAGGCUCUUUUAAACCAGAGACCGCGGGAGGCCGAGGAGACCUCGGGGACGCAGACGCGGACUCGGCGGCCUGGGGCCCUGCCCUCCCGCCGGCUGCACGGGCAUUUCGGGUGGUGCAGAACCGAGUGUAUUUUUUAAAAUUUCUUGCUCCAUUCUGAUCAACUUAAAGAAAACGAAGGCGUCCACGCCUCAGACACCGCGCCCUCCACGCCGGAGGGCCCGGAGAGCGCCGGCCGGCUGCUGUCUGCCGCCACGGGCCUCGGCCGGGCUGGGGGCUGGGGCGCCGUGCAGGGGAAGGGCCCGGCCGCGCCGCCCGCCCGGACCGGACACGGACGCAGAGCCAGGACUCGGGUUGUGUUUUUAAUGGGAGUCAAAUCCACGUGGUUUGUAUAUUUUUUCCUUUAAUCUUGGGCAUUUUGUUUCUCUUUCUGAGAACAUAACUUGAAACACUACAGAGCCAAUAAUCAUAUAAAAAGUGUACCCGGAAGCGCUGUACAGUUUUAUACACACUCACAACGUACUUUGCUGCCUUCUAGAUAAUUUAUUUUGCGACACAUACUGCACAGUUGUAAAUACCUCCUGUACUGUAACAUCACUUCAGUUACGUGUAAAGAAAUAAAUAAAUUAAUUAAA